AUGACGAGUUUAGCAAAAUUCUUCGAUAAAAAUGUUUAUAACAAAAUAAAUCGUGAAGUUAAUUUCAAUGAUCCGAAAUAUCGAGGCAAAAUCGUUGGACUUUAUUUUAGUGCACAUUGGUGUCCACCAUGUCGAGCAUUUACACCGAAAUUAGUAGAAUUCUAUCGAACACAUGCAAAAGAGAAGAAUUUCGAAAUUAUUUAUAUCAGUUCAGAUCAAGAUGAACGACAAUAUGAAGAAUAUUACAAAGAAAUGCCUUGGUUAAGAUUUGAUUUUCGUCAACAGAGAAAACGUGACAAAUUAAUGAAAGUUUUCAAAGUUUCAGGUAUACCACAAUUAAUUUUGUUCGAUGGUGAUACAGGAAACAUUCUUUGUACAAAUGCAAUGGAACAAAUUCAAUAUCGUGAUAAAAAGGGCGAACUUUUUCCAUGGAAACAACAUUAA